GUUAUUAAAAAGCCUCCAAAAUGAAUUUUGGUAAAAUAUGUUUUAAUAAACUUUCCGAUGAUUUAUAAGACGUUUGAAUAUGGCUGUCCCUUGUGAAAUGUUACUACAUCCCGAAUUAUUAACCAACGAGCAAUUAAUAUACGUACUUCACGAGCGACAUUUGAGGAUUCCGAACCUAGAAAAUAUGGCAAGAGAUGAAUUGUUACACAUUUUUCAUCAGUUUUGUGUGCCCCAUGGUCAAAGAAGGUAUAGAGACUCAGGAAGGGGAAAGGUGUUAAAUAAAACACGACCCGUCAGUCCGCCUGCGCCCCAGAAAGUAUCUCUAAAUACAGCAUUUAACACAAGAAAAUCUGUGCACUCAGAUCACUUCGACAGAAUCAAACCACCGCCGGACUUGUUAAGUGGGCAUAUGAAAAGGAUUAAACUAGAAAAUAAAGACAAAGGUGCUUAUUUAAAAAGGAAAAUGUCCAUAGACUCUGAUACACCUGCAACUGACAGUCCACCGCCAAAAAAAGACAGGAAACCUAUAACAUGGCCCUAA